CUUCAUUAUGAAUCAUGGAAUGAGAUUAGUCAUGUUUAAUGACCAUUGCAAUUUGAAGUUGCUUUCGGUUGCUCCCACAAGGUUUGCAUCAACGUUAAUCAUGCUAAAGAGGUUUAGGCAAAUUAAAAAUGGUUUGCAACAGAUGGUCAUCAGUCCAAAGUGGGAUGAUUACAAAGAAGAUGAUGUUAGGAAGGCAGCUUCUGUGAAGGAGAAAUUAUUAGAUGAGUUGCUAUGGGAUGACAUUGAUUACAUCAUUUCUUUUACUGAGCCUAUCUAUGAGAUGAUCAGGAAAGCAGACACUGAUAGGCCUUCUCUUCAUUUAGUGUAUGAAUGGUGGGAUAGUAUGAUUGAGCAAGUGAAGAAGGCUAUCUAUAGGAAAGAAAGGAAGCAACCUCAUGAAGAGUCUCCAUUUUGGGAUGCAGUGUAUAAGGUUCUAAUGGCUCGUUGGUCCAAGAGCAAUACUUCUCUCAAUUGCUUGGCACAUUCAUUGAAUCCGAAGUAUUAUAGUUCGGAAUGGCUUAGUGAAGAUACUAAUCGGGUUGCUCCCCACAAAGAUUUAGAGAUUACAAGGGAGAGGAAAAAUUGUAUCCUUAGAUACUUUGCCAAUGAAGAUGAUCGAAGGAAAGUUAACAUAGAAUUUGCUAAUUUUUCUAUGUGUAUGCAAGAGUUUGGAAGUGGAGAUGCUAUGAAGGAUAGGUUUAUUAUGCAGCCUAUAACAUGGUGGGCUGUCCAUGGAGCUUCGGCUCCAUCUCUCCAAGCCAUAGCCUUCAAGGUUCUAGGUCAACCUUGUUCUUCUUCAUGUUGUGAAAGAAAUUGGAGUACUUACAAUUUCAUUCACUCUGUGAGGAGGAACAAGAUAACACCACAACGAGCGGAAGAUUUGGUGUUUGUGCAUACCAAUCUUUGCCUUUUAGCUAGGAGAAGCCCAAGUUACAAUGAAAGUACAAUUCAAAUGUGGGAUGUUGGAGGUGAUGAGUUUGAUUCUUUAGAAGAGUCUAAUAUUGGAAGGCUUGAGAUUGCUAACCUUUCACUUGAUGAACCACAAUUAGAGGGGGUUUUGUUUAAUGUUGAUGAUGAAGAUGAAGACCUUGAGGAUGUUGUCCAAGUUGAAUGA